AUGGAGCACGUCGAUGCUAUCUUACUGCAGACAAUAUUGAAAGAUUUAACAAAAUUUAGUGGCAGUCAACAGCAACAUGUCAAUGAUUGGCUAUUAACAAUUAAUCAAAAAUUCGAUGCAUGUGAGCCACAACGUCGUAAAUGGGCUGUGGCAUUUCUUUCUGACGAAGCCUUAAAAAAACAAGGUGACACAGAAGAAUUUACCCAAUAUUAUGCAGAUAUGACUAAGCUAUGUACAUACUACAAUCCAGUAAUGUCCAAUAAAGAACGUCUCGAUCGAUUAAAGUUGGGCAUGAACAACUCAUUAUUGAAUAGAUGUUCUGGAAGUAUAUUUACCUCCCCACAAGAACUACUUGCAUAUAUUCAACGUUUCGAACUCGAUCAACAAUUUAUUAAAAUACUCUCGUCUUCAUCUGAUCGCAAAGAUGACAACAUUCGUAAAUUAUCGCCAACAUCAACUUCUCCUCAGCAGUACCCUACAUUUACACGAAUCAAUUCCAUAUUAUCACCAACUCCUUUUCGACAAGGAAAUCGUCGUACUACGAAAAUCUUACGCUGUUAUCAUUGCGGCAAUAGCGAUCAUUUCAUCAGACAUUGUCCGAAACGACCACGAAAAUGUUGCGGAACUAAUCCGUCGCUCGUAUAUAUCAACGUUUACGUAAAUAAUCGACAAACACGUGCACUCAUCGACUCAGGUGCCGCACACUCUUUUAUAACUCAAUCGGCACUUAGUAAAAUUCGUCAUUCACCGUUACUUCCAUCAAAAACGGUCGCGCAUUUAGCCGAUAGUUCUACGCCUUUACAUAUAAUAGGUGAGGUUAAUUUGCAUAUUCGUGCACUUAAAACCGACACUCCCAUCACUGCAUUAGUAGUCAAACAUUUAAACUCUGAUUUUAUCCUUGGAUCUAACUGGUUCGUUGAAACAGGCGCUAGAAUUGAAUACGAUCGUCAUCAAGUUUCUAUUCGUUCGUAUAACGGUCGAUCAUGUAUCCCUUUCGACAAACACAUUGAUACUCUUGCAUUAGAUUUAAAAUUACUUAGCUCGAUUACGAUUCCUCCACGCGAAGCAAAUGUCAUUCAGGCGAAAACAGAUGUUUCUUCUGCAAAUUUAGUAUAUUUUCAUCCAGACACAGACUUUCUACAAUAUAAAUCAGUUUCGAUGAUUCCUGCAAUGGUAAAAGUUACAGAUUAUACUACGGUCAUCAAAAUUUACAACAACAGUGAUCGAACACGAACAUUAUACAAAAACGCAGUAAUAGGACAAAUAACUCAUACGCCUGGCGACGUAGAAAGUUUUUCGAUACCAUCGCCAAUUUCGCCAUCACCACGAGAUAGUUCAACUUUAAAUUCUAUUCGAACUACUACCACAUCCAGAUCAACACAGACACUAUUGCAAAACUGUUCACGUCCAUAUCCCAAAACGGUAGAUCAACGCCGAGAAUUACAAAAAGUAAUACAAGGCAUGAUGACUAAUAAUCAAAUUCGUCCAUCAAAUUCUCCCUGGUCAUCACCUGUAAUACUACAUAAGAAACCAAAUGGUGGAAUACGUUUCUUAGGCGAUUAUCGAAAAUUGAAUUCCGUUACAAAGAAAGAUUCCUUUCCACAACCAACAACUGAGGAAUUAGUACAACGAUUAGGCGAACAUACAUAUUUUACUAAGCUGGACUUGAAAUCUGGCUACUUUCAAAUCCCGAUAGAUGAACAAGACAAGGAGAAAACGGCUUUUAUCACUCAAGAUGGUCUAUGGGAAUUUAAUGUAUUACCUCAAGGUGUUAUGAAUGGUCCACCAACGUUUCAACGAAUCAUGCACAAUUUAAUUGGAAAUGGGCGUUGGGAUUAUGUAGUUGUAUAUCUUGAUGAUAUUUUGAUUUUUUCCAAAACUUUUGAGGAUCACAAACGACACCUAAAUGAAGUUCUGUCUAUAUUAAACCAAGCCAGUUUUCAAGUUAAUCCGGAGAAAUGUACCAUUACAGUUCGCGAAAUUGAAUUUUUAAGUGAUGUUAUUAACAAAGAUCAAAUUAAACCAUCACCAGAAAAAAUUCGAGCUAUUAUUGAAUUAUCACCACCCAAAACUUUAAAUGAAGCUAAUGAAUUUAUUGGAAAACUGAACUGGUACCGCAAGUUUAUUCCACAUUUUGCAGAGAUUGCCGCUCCUAUUCAUAAAGUAACCAAUAAAACGAAGAAAACGAAACAUGAAUUUUACUGA